AUGCGUUCGAGUGCUACUGUCGGGCUCACCCCUCAACAGCUGCUCGACCGUCGUCGUGCGCAGAACAAGCUGGCACAGCGACGUUUCCGAGAGAAGGCGCGCAUGGCGCGAUCGACUGGCUUGGACGUUUCAUCGUCCGAUGUGCCUGCUUUCCCGUCUCACCUUGAUCUGACUCGUGCCACCUCGAUGCCUUCUCGCAAGCCGGGGAUGGCACCCAGAGUGCGCUCGUCUUCGUCCGACUCAACAGCGUCGUCGUCAUCGUCGUCGUCAUCGUCAUCGUCAGCUGCCUCGGUCUCGUCGCAGGUGUCGAGCCCGACCUCGUCGUCAUGCACCGAGCUCAACACUCCCACCAUACCGCACUUCUACGAUAUGCAGCCUCCGAAGCCGAUGGCGGUCGCCGACAUGCCCUCUACGUCUGCUGGCUUCCUAGCGCUCGACAUCAAGUCGGACCUGACGGUGCCGGAGACUUGCCUCUACCUGCCACCACCUCCGGCACCGACCACGUUCGUGGCGCCGAGCUAUGCAUCUCUGAACGCCGUCUUCCCGCAACCGCUUCCUCUGCUGCCGCCAACAUCGUCCGAGCCACUCACCUACUCGAGCUUGGCCGCCGCCUCGAACCACAACAUCGGCCUCAAGAUGAUCGGGAUCCAUGCGGAUCCGUUCCUGAUGAGCCAGCCGCUUCCAAGCCCGUCGCUGCCGCUGUGGCCGUCCGGAUUGCACUCGAUCUUUCCCGGUCCAGCCCCAGAACUGACACCGAUCGCUGCGCAACACAGCCAGCCGCUUGCGUCGGCUUCGUUUGAGACCCUGCUUCGCAUGCCUGCGGAGCCAUCGUCGACAAGUUCGAGCGCGAGCGAAGAUUUCAGUGUCAGCGAGCCAUGUUUUUCGCCGCUGUCUGCGGCAAAGUCGCUGCCGGAGUCGGGUGCCAUGUCUCUGCCGCUGCUGGUGGACAAGCUGCAGACAAUGGACAGCGACACAGAGGCCGGGCGGUGUGCCUCGAUGCACCUGGACAAGGCGAUUUCGGACCACGCGCAGCGCGUCGAGUCCGGAGUCGCCCACGCCACUGCACAAACGCUCAGCAUCGCAUCGCAGUCGUUCGCGAGUGCGGUCGAGCAGAUCGGCGCGCGGUUCGGUCUGUGCUCGCACAACGGCGACCGCCUGGCUGCGCUUCUAUCGCGCCUGCAGCUGUACGGCAAGCUCAAUGCAGACGGCGAGUCGAGCAAGGGCCUGGUGUUUGAUGCGGCGAUUGACUGGGACGCGAUGGGCUCCAACAUGCUGCCGACGACGGAGCAGCUGGUGUACCCGCACCGUGCGUUCCUGGAUGCGUGCCUGCCCUGGCCCGCAGUGCGCUCACGGCUGCUCAAACACUCGCUCACCCACCCGGUCUGCGAGGAGGAGUUCGCGCUCGAUCUCCUGCUCUCCGUGCUGUCGUCUGAUGAAGCCUUGGCCUCGUUCCGCGUGCAUGGGGACGACGUUUUGGACCCCGAGGCGUGGGAGCUCAGCGAGAGGAUGGUCACAAAGUGGUGGGGGCUCUUCGAUGAGACUGUGCUGCGCAGGACCAACUGGUGGCGCAGACAGCGCGGGCUCGAACAGCUUGCUUUCCCCGCUGAUGCUGCCGACGACAACGCCUGCGAGCCCGAACGCCAAGGUCUGGGAACGGGCUCCCUGGACCAGGUCCACCGCCUCGCCGCCUCGCUCUUCCAUUAG